CGCGUACCUGCCACGACCAUCCAUCUUACCCCAGAACAGUCUCAUUUAUUCGUAUUCCGUUUCACUUCAUAAAUCCCUCCAUCCCCACAUUUCCCUGCGGACGACAAUACAUACGAAAUGUCCGAGAAACUCGAACCGACAUUGCAGAACAUACUGGAGCAGAAGUCAUUGAAAUGGAUCUUCUGCGGCAAGUUUCCAUCCUCGCAGUCAUUCCAGCGAUCGCUGUAACUGAUAUUUCAGGCUGAAUAGGUGGAAAGGGUGGUGUUGGUCAGUCACAAUUGUCAGUCUUCCGUAUGCGACGCCGAAAUGAAUAUGGUAUGAUCGGUCAGGCAAGACGACCACUUCGUGUUCUCUGGCCAUUCAAUUAGCGAUGUGUCGUGAAUCUGUUCUUCUUAUCGUACGUUUCGUUCAUGUGCACGAGUUUAUACUGCUCAUCCUUGACGUGACGGUCUACAGUCAACCGAUGCAACGAAAGUGAAUGGGUUCGAUAACCUUUAUGCCAUGGAAAUUGACCCCACGAGUGCGAUACAAGAGAUGGUCGAACAGUGUACGUCCGCUGAGUCUUUGCCAUGUCUACUGUUUGUUGAUGGCAAGCGCAGCCGAUUCAAAUGGGAUGAUGGGUAGUAUGAUGCAAGACCUUGCGUUCGCCAUUCCUGGUGUGGACGAAGCGAUGAGCUUUGCGGAAAUCAUGAAGCACGUUAAAUCGAUGGAGUAUUCCGUGAUUGUAUUCGACACUGCACCGACCGGUCAUACCCUCCGUUUCCUCUCAUUCCCUACCGUCCUUGAGAAGGCUCUCGGCAAGCUCAGUUCGCUAAGCGGACGCAUAGGACCCAUGUUGAACCAGAUGACAAGCUUAAUGGGCGGCCAGGUGGAUGCAACAGAAGAUAUGUUUGCCAAGCUUGAGUCGAUGCGUGCAGUCAUCACCGAGGUCAACACACAGUUCAAGGAUCCUGAAAAGACGACUUUUGUUUGUGUCUGUAUAUCUGAGUUCCUCUCGCUGUAUGAGACGGAACGCUUGAUUCAAGAACUCACGACGUAUGAAAUCGACACGCACAACAUCGUUGUUAACCAACUUUUGUUCCCCAAGAAGAGUUCGAAUUGCGAACAUUGUCGUGUUCGGCACAAGAUGCAACAGAAGUAUCUUAAUGAAGCACACGAGCUUUACGACGAGUUCUUCCACAUCGUGCAGCUGCCUCUUCUUACUGAAGAAGUCCGCGGGCCGCAGAAGCUGAAGGAGUUCAGUAAGAUGCUUGUAGAGCCUUAUAUCCCGGACUUGGAUUAGGCCAUUUACAGUCCAGAUAGUUCCAGGAUAUCAUGGUUCACGGAUUUUGGGUCUAUAUUGAGUGUGCGUAUACUCGUGGAGGGUGUGUAUAGUAUGAUGAACGGUCAAACAUCAUAUGCAAUUCUUGCGGGAAAAUGAUAAGUCACUGCUAAGGUAAGUCUGGAUGCCGAUGUUACCAUCCUGUGACCUAGGCUCCUCCAUUGUUGCGAUGGCCGUAUGUAUAACAGUAUAUGCGCGUGCUGCGCUAUCAACCUUCCACAGGAGUCUUGAGGUUCCACUUCGGAUCUAUCCUGCCGUCAUAGGUGUCGUUUCGCGGACGCUACAUCAACCUUCCGUAAUGACAAGCUGACAGUCGGACGCUCGAGCAUACUUCGCAAAGGCGAUAAAAUUGCGCUCGUUUUCGAUGAAGAAUAGAGAGUUAAACGUGGCCCAAAUGGAAGCUCGAGCGGAUCUAUCAAAGUGUACAAAUUUCCACAGAGCACAGGAUACCCGUUGAACUUAUUUUCAAAGAGGACGGACGUUAACGAUGCAUCACCAAAUACGAAAGUCGAGUCGUUAUAUAUUCAAAGAUGAAAUGGAGGUUCACACUUACUAACUCUUAUGAACUCCGCGUGCAGGGAUGUAUGUACUGGUAUUUCGAUGGCCAGGAUGUAUGAAUUGCCUUCCAUCACGACAUCCUGGCCAAGUUAAAUGCAUGUACCACGCCGCCAAGGCAUGAUUUGAUUGGAGCUAAGUGUCUCCAACGGUAAACUAACGCUGACGGUUUUAUAAAAUAGCUCGAAAUAGCACCGUUCUCAUUGG